UAAAACUUUACUGGGCGUUUACUCGUCUCAUUUUAUGUGCUACGUUCAAAUACAAAACGUAGGCUGUUUAUUAAAUAGGCUGUAGGAUAUCUUUGCAGCAACUCUGUGGAAAUGGAAGUUGUUUCUGAACCUGGGGUUAUUGCGGACUCACCCGCCAAUUCACAACCUGCCGGCGACGUGAAUGAAGAGAGAGGUUCCCUCUUCGAUGUUACAUUUCUGGACCACGACUUUCCAGGUGCUGAGACUGAGACCCCGACCCGCAAGACCUACCAGGAGUUCCAGCCCAAAGCACUGGGGGUCUCUCAGAUCACUUUGGGUGUGUUUGUGCUCAACUCAGUUUAUGUCAGUGUAGCCAACCGAUUGGAUCAGAGAAAUGAAGAAGUAACCAGGGCGAUAGGCUCCCUGUCUGCGAUAGUGGCGGGAAGUGUGGCCAUAGCAGCACAGAGUCUUCAUGUUCCCACACUGAAGGCGUGUCUGGGGACACAGCUGGCUACCUGCCUUAUGGCCAUGUUCAAUGUGGUCGUCGUAGGAGGAAAGCUGUCUGACACCCACUUAGUGCCAGACUGCUGGCUUUUCACUGAUUACAACAACACACAUCAUCACAUCACCUGCGACAAGCUGAUGAAUUCAGUGUAUCCAUUCUAUGUCGAGUGGUUCCUCGUGCACGCAACUCUCCUCGGCAUUUCUGUCACCCUGACUAUCUACAGCUGCAAGCUGCUCCGCUUCUGCUCCCCUGCAGCACCCAGCAUGCCUGUGGUCACUGCAUAUACUAGCCCUGCUCAGUGACAAGAGAUGAAGUACAUAGAAAGGAACCUAAAGCCAUCAUGAAGAGACACUGAUGGGUCUAUCUAGCCAUGCACUUUUUUCAAAUCUAUUUGUCACUAUGUUUUCUGUCUUGCACAAACACUUGAUGUUGAUAUGUUAUAUGGUUGCCUAUUUUUAUGAUAUAGUUUGGUUAUUUUGUUGUGUGUUCUGAUGAUAGAGUAUGUCUGUUUAGAUCUAUAUGGUCUCAGGUGCUAUUUUAAGUGAUGGGUUUAAGGAGUGAAACUUUGUGGAUACAUCAUAUUGAAAUAAACACUUCCUCAGGGUCAAAAA